UCGAGUUUCCCAUCUUUUCUCACCACCGCCGAGUCAUAUUCUUCCUGUGCUCCGGCGAUUUCGGGAGUGCUGAGUAAUUUUUUCGGAAUUUCUCGACUCGCACCCGAUUCGCAUCAAAUCUGUCUCCUCAGGCAGUGAAAAGCGACGGCUACGUCGAAUCUGAUCAAAUCCAGGGAGCGUCGAGGGGCGCGCGAGGAGGACCUCCGCGCGUCCAGCUCUGACGUUGACGAGCGCCAGUCAUCCGAUCCACUCCGGUCGACCUCGGGACGAGAAAAGCCUCCGAUAACGGGCCGAUUGCCGUCGGGGCGAGCGCGACCGAGCGCGGCCCGAGCGAUCCGGAGUCAUCAUGCGCGGACUCGCUUUGAGGUUAAGUCGACCUCCGGUGAAUCUCCUGGGCAAAUGAUCGCCGACCCGCGCCUUCGCUUCGUCUGACGGAUUCGAGAGGAACCAGAGAAGGCUCAGGGUAAUUCGCCAUGGCCGACAUCGCCCUGGGGGAGCUCAGCGGGGACCAGACGGAAAAAGUCCUGCAGUUUCAAGAUUUGACCCGUAUCGAAGAUCUCUCCGUGUGUCGAGAUGUUCUACAACGACACAACUGGAAUCUGGAAGUCGCCGUCCAGGAGCAGCUUAAUUUCUACGAAGGACGACCUUCAAUGUACGCGCAAGACUCGCGUGCACGACCUCCACAAGUCGUCGAUGAAAGCAGCUCGAGAAUUUACUUUGGCCCUCCCGGUGGAUCCGGAAGUGGCGGUGGAUUCUUUUCGUACACUAUUUCCUUGUGCUACAACCUUGUUGCUAGCAUUAUACAAUUACUUUUUGCCAUAUUUGGAACAAACGCCAGACCAGUAUCUUCCGAUCCUGUGGAGGAUGUAGUCAACUUUAUCAGACUGUACGAGGAGCGUUGUAGUGAUAGCCAUCCGGUCUUCUACCAAGGCUCGUACAGCCAAGCCCUUUCGGAUGCGAAACAGGAGCUGAGAUUUCUGUUGGUUUAUUUACACAAGGACGAAUCCCCCGAAAUCGAUCGGUGGUGCAGGACAACUCUGGGAGACCCUGACGUUGUACGAUACGUAAAUACGCACACGUUGUUUUGGGCUUGCAAUACACACUCCGGAGAAGGCUAUAAGGUAUCGGAGGCCCUCAAGUCUGGUACAUACCCUUUCUUGGCUGUAAUCGUCCUUAAGGACAACCGAAUGACUAUUGUUGGGCGAAUGGAGGGCACGCCGUCGCCGACCGAGCUGCUCUCCCGGCUACGGGCGAUCGUCGACAGCAACGAGAUGGGCCUCAUCCAGGUCCGACAAGAGAGGGCGGAGCGUAGCGCGGCUCAGUCGUUGCGCCAGCAGCAGGACCGGGCGUACGAAGAGUCGCUGCGCGCCGACCAGGAGAAGGACCGCCGCCGCGCGGAGGAGCGACGAGCGCUAGAGGAGCGCGCCGCGCGGGAGCGGGAGGAACUAGACGCUCAGGAGAUGGAGGUGGAGCGCGUCAGGCUGGCCAAACGCCGGGCCGAGGGGCAGGUGCCGGUCGAGCCGGGCCCGGACCACCCUAAGGCCUGCCACCUACAGAUCAAGGUCGGCGAGAGGACCCUCAAGAGGCGAUUCCUCCUCUCGGACACGAUCGAGGACGUCUACCACUGGAUCUUCAGCCAGCCGGACUCGCCGGCCAACUUCGAGAUCACCACCACCUUCCCGAAGCGGGUCCUGUACCCCGGGGAAGAGGUGCAGACCCUGGUGCAGGCCGGACUCACUUGCAGGGAGGCCCUCCACGUGAACGACUUGGACGAUUAAUCCGUGACGAGUGGCGACAGACUCCUCCUCUCGGUUAGGCUAGGUUCGUCGCCCCGGAAGCGGACGAGGCCCGCGGCUCGCCUCGCUUCUCCAGGGAGCAACGACAUUAUCGCGACGUCUCCUCGGCACGAGUCGACGCCGAAGUUCCGUCGAGGCUUCUGAUCGAAAUCCGGGAAAGAGGGAAACCCCUCCUCGAGGUCGAGAACACCCUAGUGAAGGAAGGACGCUUAAAUAUCUCAUAUAG